CCUUCCACUGGUCUAUCCCAAAAUCCCUCACAAUUCCUCGCUGCAUUCCCAGUCACACAAGCAACCUCAGCACUCCUGCUCCCAAACGGCGUCGUCCUUUGACUUCAUCAGCGUGUGAGUAGUGAUGGUGGCUUCAAUGCCAUGCUCAGGAGGAGCCAAGAUUGGUAACUACUAAACGUGGCUUAAAUCCCAGGAGAAUUUUCCUUUUUCUGGAACAAUGGAGUGUGUUGCUGCUCGAAACUUCGCGGCAAUGACGGUUUCUUUUGGUUCAUCUUCGAGGGCGAGGAAGAAGGAGCUUUUGAGAAGACCAACCUUCUUCUCUGGGGAUGGCUAUUGGUGCCGUUCACGUUGUUUGCGUGUGGAAGCCCGUGCGGGAAGUGAGAGUUUGGUGGCCGUUGAUGAGAAUUUCGCUGAUGAGGAAGAUUACGUCAAGGCUGGUGGGUCUGAACUUGUUUUCGUCCAAAUGCAGCAGAACAAAACUAUGGAAAAACAGUCCAAGCUUGUGGAUAAGUUAAAACCAAUCUCUAUUGGAGGUGAUAUACUGGAUCUAGUAGUUAUUGGUUGUGGUCCAGCUGGUCUUGCUUUGGCUGCAGAGUCUGCCAAUUUAGGGAUAACAGUUGGACUUAUUGGUCCAGAUCUUCCUUUUACAAAUAAUUAUGGCGUGUGGGAGGAUGAAUUUAAAGGUCUUGGACUUGAAGGUUGUAUAGAGCACGUUUGGCAGGAUACUAUUGUAUAUCUUGAUGACAAGGAUCCCGUUUUGAUUGGCCGUGCUUAUGGACGCGUCAGUCGACACUUGCUUCAUGAAGAAUUAUUGAAAAGGUGUGUCGAGUCAGGUGUCUCGUAUCUUAGCUCAAGAGUAGAAAGGAUUGUUGAAGCUAGCAAUGGCUAUAGUAAUGUUGUAUGUGAAGAUGAUAUUAUAGUGCCUUGCAGGCUUGUUACUGUUGCAUCGGGAGCGGCUUCAGGGAAGUUGUUGCAGUAUGAGGUUGGGGGUCCAAAAGUGUCCGUCCAAACAGCUUAUGGUGUGGAGGUUGAGGUGGAAAACAAUCCUUACGAUCCAAACUUGAUGGUUUUCAUGGAUUACAGAGAUUACAUGAAGCAAAAUGUGCCAUGUCUGGAAACAAACUAUCCAACGUUUCUUUACGUGAUGCCUAUGUCUCCUACAAGAUUGUUCUUUGAGGAAACCUGCUUGGCCUCGAAGGAUGCCAUGCCUUUUGAGUUGUUGAAGAAAAAGCUCUUUUCGAGAUUAAAUACCAUGGGGAUCAGAAUCAAAAAAAUUUAUGAAGAGGAGUGGUCGUAUAUCCCAGUUGGUGGAUCUUUGCCAAAUACAGAGCAAAAGAACCUUGCAUUUGGUGCUGCUGCCAGCAUGGUUCAUCCGGCUACAGGAUACUCAGUAGUCAGAUCUUUGUCAGAGGCUCCAAAAUAUGCUUCAGUUAUUGCUACUAUCUUGAGAGGGGGUCAUUCAAUGGACAUUCUUACCCAUGAAAAAAGUAACAAGAAUCUAUCAGCACAAGAGCUACACUGUCCUGCGUUAAUGUGCAAGAGUUCAAGAUACGUAUUUGGAGAUAGAGAUGGAGGGGACAUUCCAAUAUCUUGGGAUGCACUUUGGCCACAAGAAAGGAAACGGCAGAGGUCAUUCUUUCUCUUCGGACUGGCAUUAAUUCUGGAGCUGGACAUUGAGGGCAUUAGAACAUUCUUUCACACUUUCUUCCGCUUACCUGAUUGGAUGUGGCAAGGAUUUCUUGGUUCGACCCUCUCUUCAACAGAUCUAAUGUUGUUUGCAUUCUACAUGUUCAUUGUAGCACCAAAUAACUUGAGAAUGUUACUUGUGAGACACCUACUUUCAGAUCCCACCGGGUCAACCAUGAUAAGGACCUACUUAACCAUAUAGAAUCCAUACAUUAGCUCCAUAUAUAUAUAUAUAUAUAUAUCUGGAGAUUAGAUUGCAUCAGGAACUCUAUUAGAUAUCAGUAGGCACUUGUGUAGAUGUCUAUAAUUUUAAGUUCCACAUACCUUUUGUAUCGAGCAGCAUGUGUGUCCAUUUGGUACUUUUGUUGAAACCAUUUUGUCGAUUGUAUGAGUCCCCUCAAUAGUUCCUUACAGAGUACGGAAUGGUUAGUGCUGUUAUUACAAGAAAAUCAGAAGAGGAAUAAACUGAUAUAUUUGGGAUUUAUAAA